AUGUUCUGGGUGCUGCUCGGUUGCUCGUUGAUUGGGAUGGUCGUCACGUCGCCAUCGAAUGACCAUCAGAAUCUCCACUUUGCCGCUGAUCAAAACCACAUCCGCAUGCAUAUGGAAUCGAAGAUCGAGCUCGACAGAAAGCCGUUGAGCAUCGAGCAGGCGACGUUCCUCUCCUUUCAGAUGUUCGACACCGACAAAAACGCGUUUGUCGACGGACUCGAAAUCUCGAAGAUCGCCACGCAUCAUCAUGAUGAGCAUGGAGAUGAGAACCCAUCGGCGAAAAUGGGCCACGACAUGCUGGAGUCGAUGGUGGAUGGUGUUCUUCGGACCUAUGAUCGUGACGGGGAUCGUCGAUUCGAUUAUGCCGAAUACAACGAAUUUAUCAAGGGACAUCUGCUG